AAAAUACAGAGAAGAGAAAUACCUGAUGCCUAUCUCGACAAGAUUUCAUUUAAUAUAAUGCAUGACCCAGUAUUUACACCUGAUGGUAUCACCUAUGAGCGUCAGUCACUUUUGGAUCACUUUGAGAGAAAUGGUCAUUUUGAUCCUAUAACUCGUCGUUCUUGCACAGAAAACCAGCUUGUACCUAACCUUUCACUUCGAGAAGCUAUCGAAGACUUUCUCAAGGAAAAUGGGUGGGCGGCAGGUAAGAAAAUAAGUAAAAUAAAACAAAUAAUAUUGAGGCUCUAA